AUGCCAAGGAAGGUUGGAAAUAUUCUUCUUAAUGUUGAAGGACGAUAUUUCCAAGUCGAUCGACACUUACUUGCAUCCCAGAGCAUUUACUUUCGUGUUCUUUUUCGUAGUAAAUCAAAACGAGAUAAACACGGCGCAAUACUGAUACCUGGAAAUGCAGACCGAUUCGGUUUAAUAAUUGAUUAUUUGACUGGAGAAUAUCAAUUAACAAAUGGUCAACUUGAAUCCAUAAUUGCUGAUGGUGCAACACUCUAUAAUAUACCAUCACUUGUUUAUCUUUCUCAAUUUAAAACUAAAUAUGAAGCACGAGACAAACAACGUGUUCAAGAAGUUCAACGAACUAUGCAAAAAAUGGAUAAAUUAAAUAGAGAACUGACGAAUUUAGAAGCAUAUAUUGAUCAUAUCCGACGAGAACAAAACUAUUAA